AUGGCUAAGUUGUACUGGAGAUCCACCAAGACAGUAGCGAGAUUCGGGGGUGGAACAUCUGCCAUGGCUAGGAUUUCUGUCUUAACAAGCUUUGGCGACACGGGCGGAGAUGGAGUGGACGGAGGGGACUCGUGUGGAGUAGUCGGUGGCGAAUCCUCCCUUGACAGGUAUGCCAAGGAGAUUCUACAUAAAGCUGGUCUUUCAGAAUGUAAGCCUUGUUCCUCUCCAUCUAUGGUCAAGGCCUCAGUUUUACCUUCUGAUUCUUCUGCUCCCUUUGCAUUUCCUGCACUGUUUCGUAGCAUUGUGGGUGCUCUUCAAUAUCUCACUAUUACUAGACCUGGCAUAGCUUUCUCUGUUAAUCAAGCCUGUCAACAUAUGCAUGCUCCUACCGUUGCAAAUUUUGCUGCUGUCAAGAGAUUACUCAGGUAUCUUAAGGGCACAUUAGAGCAUGGUUUGGUUUAUCAGCCUUCUUUUUUUGCCCUUAAUGCUUACUCUGACUCUGAUUGGGCUGGUAAUUAUCAUGAUCACAAGUCUUCGUCUGGGUACUAUGUUUUUCUUGGUGAUAAUCUUAUUUCUUGGUCUGCUAAAAAGCAAACCACAGUGUCCCGCUCAUCUACUGAAGCAGAAUACCGUUCGUUAGCUCAUACAGCUGCCGAAUUAAGUUGGUUGUAG